CACAGACUGGGUGCAUGCCUUCAAGUUGUAGGGCCAUUUUGUGAAAACAAGAUUUUUCCAACUAGGUCAUACUGGUUAGUAUGUGGCAAAAUCAAUUUAGUUGGUCCUCGCCAUUAAAAAAAAUAUACACGCACACACAUACAUGUAUAUAUAUCAUCAGUGAUCACGCUGAAGUAUAUUGCUUUAUGAAACUUGGGCUAUGUAACUAUAUGCAAAACUUAUAAAAUGUAUUUCAUAUUGUGACUGUUAAAUGUUCAAAAAGUUGGAGAAUCGCUGCUAUAAGGCGACUUCUGUCUAGCCUUCCUGCUUUCCCUUCACCCUGAACUUCCACAACUUAAUGCCAGGACAUUUCAGCCUUUUCUGAAACCUGGAGUCAGAACACUUUGGGGGAGCUGGGGUGGAGGUAGUAGGGACAACAAAACAAUCCUUCACACAUCCCUGAGCUCGGGGAUAGUUAGAACAUUAAAAAUAUUUCAGCUCAUUAUUCUGGAUGAGGACAGAAUCCACCAGUGAAAAUAGGUGAUUAACCAGCUAUGAAACACAAAAACAUACUUUUACUGUUACACAUUUUUUUUUACAAGCACUACGUGCAUAUAUGUCAGUGCACCCCCCUCCAUUUCUAUCCUCCAGGAAAGAAACCUGAAUAUCGAGGUGGCCACAGAUUGCCAGGUAUCUUAUUUUCCUAUCCCCUUUUUAUAUGUGCAGUUUUAAAAGUUCGUUAAUAGAGCCUGUGAAACUCCGGGCGCGAUUGGCUGGCUAACCUGAGGAGUGGCGCAUAUUCCUUGGUGGUCGGUAGGUGUAAGGAGGCAGCUGCUGAAGGCUCUUACCACGUCAAGUAAUGCACAGCGAACCGUCAUCAUUGGAUUUCAAGGAGGUGGGAGCGCUCAGAGGUAGGGCAAGAAGAAGGUAUAAAGGGGUGGGAGAGUCCAUCACACAAGGACUGGAAGGAGCUUUAAUAAAAGGCAAAGCGUAUCUUUGCUGGGCAGUAUUGUAAAGGAGGAGAAACCGAAAGUCAAGAAGAUCGCCUAAAAGGGCCGCCACGAGCGUCCCCACUUUUUGAAACGUCUUGAACCCAGGCUUCCAGCCCAGCCCACUGCGAGCCAGGUGAGCGGCCACCACCUCUCCAGCGGCUGCAGGACCUUCUCUUCCAUGAACUUGCCAAGAGCUAAGCGCCUUCGCUCCACACCACCGCGCAGCCUCCGGGGCUCCGACGGGGAAGACGGUGAGAUCGAUAUCCUUGGAGAGGGGGAAGAUGAGGACGCCAACGAGGAAGAGGAAGACGAGGAGGCUGAGGGAAGCCAGCAGCUCCUAGAGUCACUGCACCAGCCGGAGCCGCAGGGGGCGCGGCAGGGCGUGAGCGCGCAGCCCUGCAAGCGCACGGAGAGCGGCGGCUGCCGGAGCGACUCCCUUGAGUUUGGCACCAAGUUCACGGCUUCGACAGGGUCUCCGGCAGCCUCUGGGGACGCCCCGCAGCCGGGGAAGCCCCCCUACUCCUACAUUGCACUCAUCACCAUGGCCAUCCUACAGAGUCCACACAAGCGCCUCACUCUCAGCGGCAUCUGCGCCUUCAUCAGUGGCCGCUUCCCUUACUACCGGCGCAAGUUCCCGGCCUGGCAGAACAGCAUCCGCCACAACCUCUCGCUCAACGACUGCUUCGUCAAGAUUCCCCGCGAGCCCGGCCAUCCAGGCAAGGGCAACUACUGGAGCCUGGAUCCUGCCUCUCAGGACAUGUUCGACAACGGCAGCUUCCUCCGGCGCAGGAAGCGCUUCAAGCGCCACCACCCGCCCCCAGGAGCCCACCUGCAUCACCCCUACCCACUGCCCGCGGCGUCCGCCUCCCUGCGCGGCCCCUAUCCUGGCCUGCUGCUCGGUCCCCCAGCCCCGCCGCAGCCUGCCCCGGGGGUCUGCCCCGCGGUCGCCCCUGUGAGUCGCCCGUGCGCGCUUCUGCACCCUCAUCCGCUUCGCUACCUGCUGCUGUCCGCCCCCGCCUACGCUGAGGCGACGAGGAAAGCUCAAGGCGCAGAUCUCGUGACCACCGCGCCCUGCCGGUACUUCAGCCCUCACUGGGCUCCCAGCGGUGGGAGGAGGGCAAAGGGCCGGCGUGGCGGCGGGGAGGCGGAUGCACCUCCUUCAGCAUCGAGAGUAUCAUGCAAGGGGUCCGAGGAGAGGACUCGCAGAGUCUAUCCCCGACCGCGUGGGGCUACUGCCACCUGCUGCAGCGCCCAACGUGUCUGUUGCACCCCCAAGCCGCUGCCCCCUUGCUCCACGUGUCAGCCGCCGCCGCUGCCGCCCGGACGAUGUUGCAACACCAGCAGCAGGAAGAUUGCGCCAGCAAGGGCUUGCUGCUAGGCCGGCACCUGUCCGCCGCCGCGGCGCUGCUGGCGUGUCAACCCGGAGCAGAUAGGCUGAAGUCGGGCAGAGAGGGGACCUCGUCGGCCUUUUG